AUGGGCGCUGGAGCCUCUGUGCCGAGCGACUCGAAUGGCUCGAUGCGUCUGCAGACACCGUCUCGAAUCGUCACGGCGUUCCUGAACCUCGCCAACAAGCCACACCACGCGCCACUUGUGGCUGCCAAGACGCAAUGGAAAAUCGCACAACCGUUUCCUAUCGGCAAUGGCGAGGUGUCGACGAAUGAACAGGAACUGCUGCACGUGCUGCACGACCCCGUGGGGCAGAAACACAUCGGUUCUUUCGCCAAAAAGAUCAUGACAUCCGAGUCCUUCUUCUGCUGGGUUGAGAUCAAAGAGUUCCGGGAAGCGCCGUCCAGUGGUUACCGCAAAUCGAUGGCCAAGCUCAUCUAUCGCAAGUAUAUCAAGAACGGGUCGACCAUGGCGCUUGGAAGUAUCACCUCCGAUCUCAUCGAUCAUUACGACAAAAAGAUCGGAGAGCUGGAGGCAAACGGAUCGACCGCGACAGUCGACUUUUUCGAUCCUCUCAUGGCCAACAUCGUGAGUGAUAUGUGCCAAAACACUUUCUUGCGGUUCAAGGCUUCACCAGAAUACGAAGCAUACAAGAAGGACUUGAAGGAUACGUACAACAAGGUCACGAUUGAAGACUUCGAGUAUCUGGAGCUGCUGGGCAGUGGCGGCUUUGGUCGUGUCGUUCAUGCACGCAAGAAGUCGACUGGCAAACAUUACGCCAUGAAGAUUCAGCUGAAGACAGGUUUAUUGGACGAACAUCACGAUCAGCUGAGCCAAAUUACUUCAGAGAAGGACAUUUUGCAGAUCUGCCACAACCCGUUCGUCCUCGACAUGCACUAUAGUUUUCAGACUCCAGCACACGCAAUUAUCGUGACAGAGCUUGUGCGCGGUGGCGACUUAGGCGACGCACUCAAAUCGUCACGAGAUGGAUACCUCCACGAGGAUCGAGUUCGACUAUACGCAGCCGAAAUUGGUCUAGCGCUCAACCACAUGCACGAGUUGGGACUUAUUUAUCGGGACUUGAAACCUGGCAACGUACUGCUUGGUGAGGAUGGUCACGUAAUCUUAGCUGACAUGGGACUUGCAGCAGGCUUCGACCCGCUGAAGUUGAAGAAAGAAGAGACUGGAGACUAUCGGUACACUCCAGUGCAGCCGAAGCUCACACGGCGAAAAACAACAGUCGGUACGCGAGGUUACAUGGCGCCGGAGAUCAUCUCUGGCAAGUUGGUGAAACGUGACCAGCGACCUGGAUACACAUUCGCAGUAGAUUUCUGGUCUCUUGGUGUCACGCUUUUCGAGUUGAUGUGUGGAUUUCAACCGUUUAGUAUGCACUCGAGUGGCAACUUUUUCCAAGAAGUGGCCAACGAGGAGAUCUUCCGAUUGUCACCACGGACACAACACAAGAUUGAGCUCCAAAAGAUGUCACAAGGCGUGACAUUCCCGUUGCAUUUAACUCGAAACGCACAAGAUUUCUUAAAGCGGUUGCUGGAGGUAUCCACAGAAAAUCGACUAGGGUGCAACCCUGAAAAAGGUUUCUCUGAAUUCAUGGAGCACCCGUUCUUCGAAACCGUUGACUGGGAAAAGCUCAUGAUGAAGCACAUUGAUCCCAAGUUCAAACCUGCACUGCCGCUGCUGAGUGACAAGAAGAUUUACAAUUCGUACGAGCACAUGAUGUCACACUUCGAUAUGCGAGACAAGGACUUCAUUCGACACGACUGGUACGCGGAUCCAGAUCCUGAAAUGCAAAAGCAUUUCGAUACUUGGGACUAUAUUUCGCAGUACACGUUACGAGCUGAACUGGGUAUCGCCAAGGAGCUCGAUGAGACGAAUAUCCCGUACAAGGUGUUGCAGCUUACGGGCGAGGACAGCAAGGCAAAGUUCACGAACAAAUAGAGUGAAUCCCUUGUUUAGCGUACCAGUGGACAUUUUGGCCCACUCAACUGUAGCAGUGUAGUCAGGAAGCUGAAGGGCACAUAAAAAUUCGAAUACUUCGAAGUAACCUUGAAGAUA